GGCAAGGGAAGGCAGCCGGAGCCGGGGCACGGAAGCCUCCCAGUCAGUUCCGGACCCGACAUGAGGGAAAAGGGCCGUAGGAAGAAGGGCAGGACCUGGGCGGAGGCCGCCAAGCCGCCCCGUGGGAAGGAAAGCAGUCUGAUGGACAGUCCAGCAGUCCCCAGAGCUCACACUCCACCUUCUCCUCCGCAGUGAGAGUGGACAGCUCUCUUCUAGCCUUGGGGAAGAAGUCUUUCCAGAGGUCGGACAGACUCCACACAAAUCAACACUUAUGGAGCUGAAUGUUUCAGAAUCCCGAGAUGUGACUUCUUCCUCCGUCUCUGACAGUGUGGUUCAGGAGAUUGUCCCACCCAGCUGUUACUGUCAAAAGGGAAAGCCUUCUACUGACUACAGCAUGUCCUCUGCAUCAUCCAACAACAGCUCGAGCCUGUCUUAUCUUCCAAUGUUUCCUGAAGGGACAGCUUGGCAAUUCCAGAGCGAUAGUGGACCUGUUUCCUCCCAAAAGGAAGCAUCUAUGCCCAGGAGCCCUGGCACAUCCCUGCCUACUUCUCAGCUGACAGAUUCUGAGAAAUCAGAUCUUUCUCCGAAUUUGGCAGUUCUUCGUCCCUUACAAGCUCAAACUUCCUUUAUGAGCUCUAUUUUAGAAUCCUUAGAUCCUUGCGAACAAGAGAAAACAAAAGAAAAGGGAAAGACUCAUUUUUAAUCAAAUCAUGGGUCAGAUUCUGAUUUGGAUGAGAGUCCAGGACCCCUAGUAUGGGCUCCACUCCAGCUCUCUCCUUUGAUCAGAGGAGAACUGGAAGGACAUAAGUCUCAGAAGGUUUCUACUUUGCAGCAAGAAGUGGUGCCUCUGCCUGUGAAGAAAUCCUGGAACAUACUCAAUCAUUUGAUGGAUGUACAAGGAGUCCCUGAAGAAGAGCUCCCGAAAACUCAGUUACCUGCACUCAUCCCUGAGGGGAUGUUGAGCAAAAUACCAACACAUCUCCAGAUCCUCCAUCAUUUCAUCUCCACGUGAACAUUGGGGUGAAUUCUGAAGUCCAUAGGACGGAAGCAAUCAUUUCACAGCCAUUUCCCUCAAACAGGCAGUCACAACCCGAGGAUGACCGCCAAGAACUUAGAUAUAAUCCUUUAGUUAUAUCAACGGGCACACCAUCUCCCAGAAAUCUAGGAGUUAACAUAAUUCAGGAAGAACAAGCUUUAGUGAAAAAGGAUUCAAAGCAUGUGUUUGAGCCGAAUAUAGAGCAGAAGGUCAUAGGUCUUCCAGAAAAAAAGGGUACAGACACAUAAGGCACAACUAACUAAUGUGGAGCUGACACCCAAGAUACCACGUUCAGCCACUGACAGAAUAAAGGUCACUCCAUUGGCAUUGCUUCAGGUUAUGGACUUAAUGGGAAUAAUCCCAGAAUCACAGUCGGAGCUGAUAGACUCUGUGGGGUUUUCCCCAGAGCCGCCAAAUCAAGCAGAAACAGUGGGGAUAACUCCUCAGCCAUUAGUCAAGUAACUGAACCAAUAAAAGGAACCCAUCAUCAGCAUCAAACCACGGAAUUAAAGAGCAUGGCCUCAAGACUGAGUCAAGUCACAGAUAACCUGGAGGUAACUCCUGUGGCAUUGUUUCACGUCACGGAUUCCAUGGAGAUGAUUGACAAAUUAAGUCCACAUGGCAUAGAACCAGUAGGAGUAGCCCCACAGCCACAAUACCAAGUCAUGGAAUCAGUGAAGAUGGAUACAUUGCAUAACUAUCAAGCCAUAGGACCAGGAAGUAUGAGUCGAGGGCCACAGCAGACAGUUGUGGAAGCUGUGGAAAUGAUCCCCCAGCCUCAGCAUAAAGACAUGGGAAAGCUGACCAUGACCUUGGGGUCACAGAAUCAAGCCUCAAAACACAUCAGGAUUACUCCCAGUCCAGUACAUCAAAAUGCAAUGGAAAUUAGCUCAAGUGCACUGCCUGAAGCCACUGAAGAUACAAAAGUGUCUCCAGUGGCAAAACAAGCCAUGGAUUUCAUGCAGAUAUUUCCACUAGGACAGCCGCACAUUACUAAAUCUAGGGCUUUGAUCCGAGGCUCACAGCCUCCAGCUGAAAAUUGGACCCCAGUGUCAGCUCAACCAGAUGUUCCGACUACUACUGUCCCAGCAGGAACUGUAGAAUCUAGAAGCGUACCUCCACAGCCACCAUCUAAAGUACUGGAACCAUCAGGAAUGACUGAUGACCUACUACCGUCAUGUCAGUCCCUGCAUGCUCUAAAGGUGACCCCGCCAGUCCAGGCAUCUCCGACGGGAAUGAUCACACCACUACAAAUUGUAGAGCCUCCAACCAAAGAGUCUCUGCAAUUGACUUCUGGGUUACAGGGUCAAGUUGAAGACUCCGUGGGGACUACGGCACAACCUCAAGGCACAGAGUGUGUGUCACUGACUCCAAAGUCACAUCAUCAAAUAAUGGAAUCCAGGAAAGCAAUCCCAGCACCACCAGAUCAAGGUGCAGUACCUAUAGGAAGGGGCCAAAAGCAUCAAGUUCCAGAAGCUGAAGUAGUGCCAGUCAUACCACUGCUUCAGGAAAUGGAAUAUUUGGGGGGGAGCACAGUCCCACAGCCUAAGGUUAGGGAUUCAAUGGACUUUCCCCCAGAACUACAGAAUGUAAAAUCUGAGCACCUAAUCCCAGAUCCAAGAUUGCAAAGUGUGAAAUCUGUGGACAUAACCACAGAUUUAGUCCCAGAAAUGGAAAAAUAUGGACCACCAACCUCAACAGUGGUAUGUAUAGAUUUGGCCCCAGAACUGCAUCAGCAGAAUACACAAUAUGAGGAAUUAACCCCCAUACCACAACUGCAAAGUGAGACAUCUGUGCCAUCGGCCCCUGAGUCUCAGUUUCAAGAUAUGAAAUCUGGCCAACUGACAGUUGAACCACAACACCAAAACAAAAAGUCUGCUGGGUUGGCGGCAGGUCCACAAUUGCAAAAUAAUAAAUCAGUACAUUGGAUCCCCGAUUAUCAGUCUCAAGGAAUGGAAGAAGCUCUUUCAGCCCUAUCACAGGACAUACAUUUAGAGACCAUCACUUGAAGCUAUAAAAUCUGUGGACUUGGCCCCAGAACCAUGUUCACAAACAUCGGCUCUGAUAAGAUAGCCCCUGUACCAUUGCUUGAGGAUACAAAGACUCCAUUGGUAGAAGGUAGGAAUCUAAUUCCUGAGGCCCUGGUGGAGAGUAUGGAAGUUGGUGAACUGAUCCCAAGCACACACAUUUAUGUAACAAAAUCUUUAGAAGCGACCCCCAAACCAAGUUAUCAUUUCCUAGAACCUGAAGGACUGACCCUACAGCAUCCAACCUCAGAAGCAAGAGUGACCUCUGAACCUUGCCAGCAGGUGGAAGAAUCUGCUCCGUUGCCACAAUCAUCAUUAGGGAUGACUCCAGCACCGUUGAGCCAGACCUCAGAAUCUGUGGAGAUGAGCUCACCACCACUCCAAGAUACUCUUGAACCUGGGACCCAAGUUGUAAAAGAGAUGGAAGAGACUCCAGAAUCAGGAAAUGCAAUUAAAGAUACUCUGGAUUUGCUACUAGAUUCAGAAGUGCAAACUAUGACCUCAGGAGUGAUGGCCCCAGAGCCACAGCCCCCUGAUGUGAAGUUUGUUCAGGUGCCUCCAGAACCGUGUGCAGAAGUUACUAACCCAUCGGAAAUAACUCUGAAACCAGAAUAUGAAGACACAGAGACCUUCAGAUUGACAUUCUCUAAAGUCGAUGAUACCCGGGCACCAUCAUAGACCUAUAUUCAGAAGUGAGAUCUCUGGAGUUUAGUCUAGAAUCAGGAGUGCAAGGUGAGAAAUCAGAGUCCUUUUCCCAAAAUUUGAAGUCUGCAGAAGUAGAACUACCCUUACAAGUUGUAGAACCUACAGUACUAACUAUAGGACAAAAACCACAUAUUAAAGAUGUGACCCCAAAGCCACAGCUCCACGAAGUAAAGUCUAGGCAAAUGGAUAGAGAUUCACAGUUGCAAAAUGAGAACUCUGUAAGUGUAAUGCAGCCGUCAUCUACAGGAGAGGUAGAUCCUGAAAAGACAAAACCAGAGCCAUGUCUACAAAGUUUAUCACCGAAGGAACGGAUUGAGGGAACACAGCCCCCAAAUGUGAAAUCUGUGGAUUUAAAUCUAGGCCCACAGAAGCUAAGUGUCAAAUCGGAAUUGAUUCCAGGGCCAAGGGCUGGAAUCAAGGGCUACUUCUUCAAGGGGAAAACCCAGUAAAUUUCAUCUCAGGCCCCCCACAUUAUGGUGUGAAAUCUCAUGAAAUCUCAUGAUGAAAUAUCAUGUUUCCUGGGGCCAGAAACCACAUCAUCAGAUUUUAUCCUGGGGCCAAAGCUUCCAGAACCACAGCCACAACCACAACCACAACCUGGUAAGGCCUCAUUUGGAAGACAGGAAAUCUAUGGAGUUAAGGUCAAAGUCAGAGCUGGGGAAAGUCAUAUCCAUGCUGUCAACCCCAGGGAUACAAGCAGGAGAUAAGGAAUGUGAGGAGCUGCCUCCGGGCUCCACCCUGAAAGGUUUAAAAUAUGAGUUACCCCCUUCAGAACCACAGUUAGAAGACAGAAAAUCUGCAGUCUUAACUGUAGGACAAUGUCCAGAGAAGAUAAAAUCUACAGUCUUAACUGUAGGACAAUGUCCAGAGAAGAUAAAAUCUACAGUGAUAUCCCCAAGUAGUUCCCAGUUAGAUGGUAUGAAAUCUGUAAAGCUGAUUCCAGGUUCAAGAAUUCAAGAUUUGAUAACUGUGGGGUUGGCCAGUGAUGCACGUGUUCAAGAAGUAAAUGCCAUGCGCUUAGAACUUGAACCAAAGAAGCAAGGGGAGAGUCCCAUGACUUUUGUACCAGGGAUGCUGUUUCAAGACAAGCCUAUGGAGGUGUUGCAAGGGCCUCAUCUACAAGAUGUAAAACCCAAGGAACUGACUUCACGGCCACAAACACAAGAUAGCAAAUGUGUGAUUAUCUCAUGUCUGAAGCAGCAAAAUCUAAAACCUGUGAAUAAAGCCAAAACACAAGGGAUCCAAGAAGUAAAAUUCAUGGAUUUAGUCUCAACACAACAGUAUCAAGGGAGGGCACCCAUGGAUUUAACUCUUGAGCCCGGACAGGAUGACCACAUAAGCUCAGCAGAGUGGAAAGGUGGGAUGUUCGGCCACCUGAACAAACAGUUGGAGUCAGAAGAAAUGUUGUCUAUGGGGUCAGAUCAAGAACCCAAACCUGCAGGUAGAAAACCCAUAGACCUCACCUCUAAACUACAAUGUAAAGAUGCACCCUCAUUUGAAUUGGCCCCUGAACCAGUUCAUAAUGUAAAAGCUCAAGAGGACCAAUAUGGGCCACAGGUGCCGAGUAUGAGACCUUGUCCAUUGACUCCAGAAUCACAGGUGUACCAAGUGAAAGACUUGGAGCCAAUGUUAGAGCCACCGCUCCAAGAUGGGAGAACUGUGGCACUAAAUACUGAACCACAAAUUGGAGGUACAAAAUCUGUGCAGUAGAUUCCAGUAUCUGAGUUUCAAAGGGAGAAAUGUAUAGGGUCAAACUUUAAGUUACUCCGAGGGUAGUAAUCUCAGUGGAUAUGGAGAAUAGCUCUGGAAUGAAUUCCCAGAUUCCUCCAUUUGGUCCAUAUCUUCUUGUCUACCCACAGAUCCACCUUUUAAGCACCCGUGAAGGCCAUGGUGAGAUUCAGUUGCAUCUUGGUUUUAGACUGAGAACUAGGAAAAGACCUCAAGUCUCAAAGCAUCGUGGGAGAAAAAGAGCAGAUACAUGGAAGAGCACUACAUCACCAUCACGAAGGAAAGCUAAAAUCUAUCCUCCAGCUUCCAAGAGGCCAACUACUCCAAGAGAUUUCCAGGCCCGAUCUUCCCAGGCUUCUGUACAAGUGCACAUUAGAAAAAAGCAACGGGGCAGCCAUGGGGUGGUCCGCCAGACAGACGCCAGAGACUCUGAGCACCAUGAAUUCCGUCAGCUUCACUCUGUAUCCGAGAGUGGCUUUGAAAGUAAUCAGGAAGAAAAAUGGUCGAAAUCAAGCCUCAAAAAGACCUUUGACUUAAACUAUCCAAUGAAGGAAACCAUCAAGGGACUUAAAACACAAAACACAAAGCUCUACAAAAAUAGUGAAACCCCGGAAGAGAGUCCUUUUAGAAUGUGUUCAUCAAUAAGCAAGAGUAUUGAAACCGUUCAAACAAGCACUGUUUCUUCGAAGACACAACCUGAGAAAUCCUCUCAGGCCAAGUUCUACCAGCUGCUUUUCCAGGGCCUAAGGCAGGCAUUCCAAAUAGCACAUAGAAUUGUGGCUUAUACUGGACAGAAGCCUGAGGACAGGACAAGGCCAGACAAUUUGUGGUCAACCCAAUACUUGCACCCCAAACAAAGAGCCAACAAGUAUUGUUUAGCAGGAGAUAGCAAAGGAGCCAGCACACCAGUUGCCCAGCAAAGGUCAGCAGGUGUGAACCCUAAGCAAGAGGACAGAUUGCAGGGAACAGGUGACCAGUGUAGACAAACUCAACAGCCAAAACAAGUGAGCUCUCUCCAACCCAUACCUUUGCAAUUGGAGACCAUGGCUUCGGAAAGAGAUGCCACUAUCCAAAUUACUUCAAUCCUCCAACCUUGAGUAAAGUUCAAAAUGUCAUAGGCUUCUUCAGGGAGAGGGCCCUCCAUAAUAAGCCUUUUGAAAGGACCAAUCGCAUCCUUUGGGAGAGAAUUCAUGAAAGUCUCUCUGAGAGGCGAUACCGCAGUCCUUCUCAGAGAAGGCAUAGCAGUCCCUCUGACAGAACCCUUAGACAUCUCUCUGACAGGAGUCAUUGCAGUCCCUCCCCGAGACAGGAUAGUAGUCCGUCUGUGAGAACCCUUCAAAGUAUCCCUCCUGGAGCCAUUACAGUCUCUUUAAGGGGAUAGGUCACAGUCCCUCAGGGAGGAGCCGACCCCGUCCUGGGAGACGCCCUAGGAGUCCCUCUAGGAGGUCUCUUAGUCCUCGAGAGAGAAGAGGACGAGAGAGAAGAAGCCACCGUCCCUCAAAAAGGUGCCAUCUCAGUCCCAUCCAGAGGACACGGUGCAGUCCUUCAGAAAGGAGCCAUGGUAGUCUCUCUGAGAGAACCCCUUUCAGUCCCUCUGGCAGGAAAAGGCGUAAUUCUUCUGGGAGAGUUCACCACCUUCCCUCAGAGUCCAGGCUAUACAGGUCUUCUUCCAGACUCCACCGCAGUCAUUCUGAGAGAACUCACUACAGUCCCUCUAAGAACAGACACAGUUAUCCUGAGAGGAGCCGGCAAGGUCACAACGAGGGACCUCAUCACAGUACCAAGGAGAGGCUCAGGGAUUCCUGAGCUGAACUACAACGACAAGAAGAAACUUCCACAGAACACCAAGUUUGUUGAAAUUUGUUACAGCAGCUCUGAGAAGAACCAAAACAAUGUGUAAAAUAUUCAAAUAAGCUCUUCCCAGGCACUCACCUGGCCAGGCCUGGCUUCAGUGCAGGAGCCCUGAAGCGGCAGACGACAAGUCAGGUGUGUUCAAUGAGAUUGCAAGGCCAACAGGCACCAGAGCAAGCAGGCUGUGAAGAAACUCUAUGACACUGAUGAUGUCAACGUCAGUCCUGAUGGAGAGAGGAAGGUGUGUGUGAGGCUGGCUCCUGAUUCUGAUGCUUUGGAUGUUAAACAAAACCAGAAUCAUUUUGACUGAGUCCAUCUGCUAAUUCUAGGUCUUUGAUGGAUUGGGUCUUUGUUCCCGUUUUGGGACCUACAUGCUGGAUUCUAAGAUCAGAAUGGUGCCUCCAACAUGGUGUCAGUUGUGCUAAGGUCUCGGGGUCCUGUUAGAGUAUACCUAAAACAAAAUGACACUGAAUGGCCAUGGAAACUCCUACACCUGUAGUCUCAGUUAACCGAAGCCACCCCCAAUUUAAUGACAUGCAGUCGUAACCAUUUCACUCGCUCCUGAUGCACCCGGUCAGUGAGUUGAACUGCGUUCUGCAAGGCAGAUCAGCCACCUCCCCUGGGGUCAUCUAAGCAGAGCUAACACAGCUGGCCCUUGGCCACUUCCUCUCAUUCAGCCUCUCAUCCUCGAGGAUGCUAGCCCAGACUUCUGCACAGGGGGGCAGCAGUGUGCCAGAUGACGCCUAGGCAGUUACAAAUCUCUGGACUCAGCCUCAGAAAUCCCAAUUUGUAGCCGGCUACCUUCUUUGCAGCUGGCCUGAAGUUGGGGACAGUCUUAGGGGGCUGAGCCCUCAGCCUGUGGAGUCUGAUGCUGUCUCAAUGCAGAUAAGAAUGGAUUUGAUGUCCAGCAGGCCCUCCUGCAGUCUGAUUGCUUGUGUGCGGGUUGGGAGAAACACCCCACACAUUUAGGACUACAGAAUUGAACUGUGUUAUAAGAGUACAAUAGAAGACUCUGAGUUUGGCUUGUUUUUCCCCCCCAUUCACCAGCAUAGUUCAUGAGGUAUUCCUUUAUCCAUAGGAAGCUAUUUGUUCUUACAUGUUUGAUGAGUAUAUGAAAGGGGGUAUGGAGAGAGAAAGGGAGACAGAAAGACCAAGGGGGUCGAAGCGGCUGACACACUAGCUCAGUCUAUUGAUCAGCGGGUUAUCCACAGCCGUGUUCAGCCAAACCUAGUGGGUAUCUAAAGCUCUGUGUGACUUGGCUCACGCAAUCCAGGGGGUGGAGCAAGACCCCACCCAGCGAGCAGGAAUGCCUCAAUAGGCUAGGAGCCCAGAGUAGAUGCUGUUUUCUUCUGAUUCCACGCCACAGAUGAGCUCCUGUAUAGAGGGAAAAGGUAGCAACUUGAGAGCAGCCUGAUGUUUGAUCUUGAUUAUUAACUUGAUGGGAUUUACAAUCACCAUGGAAACAAGAUUCCUGGCACAUCUGUGAGGGAGUUUCUAGUUAAUUGGGCUGGGAAGGCUCACACUAAAAUGUGGAGGGCACUAGUCUGUGAGCUGGGGUUUCAGAUUGAAUAAAGGGGGGAAGAGGAGCCGGGCGGCGACGGCGCACGCCUUUAAUCCUGGCACUCGGGGGGGAGGGGGGGGCAGAGCCAGGCGGAUCUCUGUGAGUUCAAGGCCAGCCUGGUCUACAGAGUGACGUCCAGGACAGGCACCAAAGCUACACGGAGAAACCCUGUCUCGAAAAGGGGGAAGGGUGGGCAGGGAUGAGUACCAGCAUUGGUUUUCCUUUGCUUCCUGACUGUUAACACAGCAUAACUGCCUGCCUCCAGCUCUUGCCACCGUGGCAUCCCCACCACGAGGGACUGUACCCUCAAACUUGGAGCCAAAAUAGACCCCUUGUGUUCCCACAGUAAGCAAAGUAACUAAUACAAGCAGGUAAGAUCCAGAAACUAGAAUCGAUCAACAAUCAAUAUCCAGAAGGUCCCAGUCAAUCAAGAAUUAAUCAAUGCCAGAACACAUGGGUAAGAGGAGAGCUGUUGGUUUUUGAUGCAGAAGCCAUCCAGAUAAGGAGGAGGCUUGCCCAUGGUACCCAAGAAUAGUGUAUUAUCUACACAGUCCAAAACAGAGGGCAUCUUGAUGGUGAUUAUAUAACUAUCUUAGCCUGAAUUUAGAAGAUUCUGAUGCCAAAAUUCUUUUUUUUUUUUUUUCCAAGACCGGGUUUCUCUGUGUAGUUUUGGUGCCUGUCCUGGAUCUCCCUCUGUAGACUAGGCUGAUCUCGAACUCACAGAGAUCCAACUGGCUCUGCCUCCCAAGUGCUGGGAUUAAAGGCGUGCGCCACCACCACCCAGCUCUCCCAAAAUUCUACUUACGGCCUGCCUUACUUAUUCACAUUAUUUGAUUGCAUCAAUUAAAAUCCAGGGUAACUGCAUUCUGUCCUUUGUAAUACGUAACAGAACACCUGCUGGUUUCGCCGGAGGCCCCACACCGCUGCUGUGAAUUCACCCACCCACCUCCCCACCCUUCCCUCCUUUAACAAUACUCAAAGUGAACCUAACACAUUGUAGGUCCCCUCCACCCUCCCUUUGUUUACACCCCCUCUGUUUACUUGUAGACGGGAAACAGAAAGAAGGUAGUUGGAGUUAUUUAGGUACCAAAGAAUACUCUAGAAGGAAACACGUAGCUAAAACAUUCUAAUUAAACAACUGAAAAGAUAAAGGCGGAGAAAGGGGGAAGGGUGGUCGAGAGGAAACAGGAAAGUCCCUGCUAGGUGGGUGAGACGCUGGCUGAGUAUCUGUCUGGGUUUUGAGCUUUUAAGUCUGGGAAGUAAAGAAGCUGCCUGUGUUAGGCUGCAAACAGGGGCAGGUGGGCAUGAGCGCCACCUCUAGUCCAGUGGCUCUCAACCUUUCUAAUGCCCAGAUACAUUUCCUCAUGUUGUGCUGACACCCCCCCCCCCACCAUACAAUCACUUUUGUUGCUAUUUCCUAACUGCAAUUCUGCUGCUGUCAUGAAUCGCUGAUGUAAAUAUCUGAUCUGCAGGAUAUCUGAUUUGUGACCCCCUGUGAAAGGGUCCUUGGGCCCCCAGAGGCGUGACCCACAGGUUGAGAACUGCCGGUCUGUUCUGUAGUCUGCUUUCUGGUGUCAGAGGCCUGAGACAGUUUCUUCUCCCUCCAUCCCUCUUCCUAUCGUUCACUCCCUUCCAAUUUUUCCAAGAAUUCUGAGUCCUGAAGGGAGGGGGAAAGGCAGGUGGUCAUACUCAACCCCCCCCCACACACACACAAACCCCACUUUCACCCCCGUCCUUAUGCUCACACUUAGAUUCAGGUCCGCCCUAGGACAGUCUGGGCUAAAGAGCCUCUAGUCUGACAGACUAGAACACCCAGGGCCAUCUUCACCUGCAAAAUUCUUCAUACAUGUUUAAGACGUGUAAGGGUGGGGACUGUGGGUUUGUGGUGGCACCCGUCCGUAAUCCCAGUACUGAGGCGGGAGGACAGAGUUCGAGGCUAGCCUGAGCUACAUAGCAAGUUGGCCAACAUCCUGGAUUACAAAGUGAUUCCUCGUUUCAAUAACAACACCCAAACAGAACAUGCAAGGGAGCUGGGGGGAUAGGAAAGCUCAGUGGGCAGAGCUUGCCUAGCAAACUAAAGACCCUGAUUCGAUUCCCAGUGGAGGCGACAAAGAGCUCAGAACAGCGUCGGGCACCUCAUUCCUACCCACUACUACUCGGUACUGAGGCUGCUUCAGUGGGACCCGGCCUCGGCUGCAAAGCAGGGUGCACCGGCCUUGACCUCAGGGCUCCCGAGGAGACCGAUGCCGGCGUGAAUUGCCUCCGGUGAUGGUCUCCGUGCGCUCACUGUCGCCCUCAGCGCACCUUGUGUUCAAAGCCUCGGGUUUUCAAACCUUUAUUCUCCCUAUCACAAUACUUCUUUAGGGGAGGGGGUCCUUAGGAAAACGGAAAGUCCGGCAUCCUGCAUCUUACACGGGGCGAGCACGCACCAGAAUCCCUCUUCGGACCGGGGCAACUAGGUGCCCGGAGGACGUUGGCCAGGUCCUAGGAGGCAGGUCUGGUCUGGGGCUCUGAAGGGCCCGCCCUCUUCGGUGAGCAGAGGCAGGGAUGUUCAGGGCAUGAGGGCUCAGACCCGAGAGCCACACCGCGGGAUGGCAGGGGGUUGCUCUGCUCUUUGACCUCCGGGAGGUUAAUUAAUGAGGUGGCCCACAGGAGGCUGGGCAGACUGACCUCUCCAACUGCCCGAUUGCCUGGCGACUCGCGGUGGGCCGGAGAGUCCUGCCUGCCGACCAUGGAGCGCCGCCGCCGCGUGAGAGUGAAGUCUUGGGUAGAAGAGAAUCGGGCCUCCUUCCAACCCCCGGUUUGCAACAAGCUUAUGCACCAAGAGCAGCUCAAAAUCAUGUUCGUCGGAGGCCCCAAUACCAGGAAGGAUUAUCACAUCGAGGAGGGUGAGGAGGUAUUUUACCAGCUGGAGGGAGACAUGGUCCUCCGAGUCCUGGAGCAAGGCAAACACCGGGAUGUGGUCAUUCGGCAGGGAGAGAUAUUCCUCCUGCCUGCCAGAGUGCCCCACUCCCCACAGAGGUUCGCCAACACCAUGGGGCUGGUGAUUGAGAGGAGGCGGCUGGAGAGCGAGCUGGAUGGGCUGAGGUACUAUGUUGGGGACACUGUAAAUGUCCUCUUCGAGAAAUGGUUCUACUGCGAGGACCUUGGAACACAGUUGGCCCCCAUCAUCCAAGAGUUCUUCCGCUCUGAGCAGUACCGAACAGGAAAGCCUGACCCUGACCAGCUGCUCAAGGAGCCGCCAUUCCCGAUGAAUACCCGAUCUGUCAUGGAGCCCAUGUCACUGAAGGCAUGGCUGGAUGGCCACUCCAGGGAGCUUCAGGCAGGCACAUCCCUCAGCCUGUUCGGGGACACCUAUGAGACCCAGGUCAUCGCCCAUGGACAAGGUAGCAGCAAAGGCCCAAGAAAGGAUGUGGACGUGUGGCUGUGGCAGCUGGAGGGCUCAUCCACGGUGACAAUGGGCGGACAGCAUGUGGCCCUGGCCCCAGACGACAGCCUGCUGGUGCCCGCUGGAACCUCGUACAUGUGGGAGCGAGCACAAGGCUCGGUGGCCUUGUCUGUGACACAGGACCCUGCCUGUAAGAGGCCACUGGGGUGACCCUCGUGUGUGGGCCCCAAGAAGUCACAGGGUGCCUGAGUGCCAUCUUGGCGGCUGCCCUAGCCUCCUUGCAUCCUCGUGGACAUCACCAAGCACCUCAGCCUGCCCUUGGCUUGGUGGUGGCUUUUCACUGUCAUGUACCCUCCUGCCAUCCUUGGUCCAGGGUGUCAGACUCCCAGGGCACCGGUGAUUCCCCUCUCUCCUAACAGCCAUAGCCCUAUGCUGUUCAGCUCGAUGUGUGUUGUCCCCACAGACCCACCAGCCUGCCACUGAGACAUCUCUCAAUAAAGGCAUCCUAGUGAA